AUGCCAGCGCACGACGGCCUGCGCGCGGAGCCGCCGCCAGCGACCCUCUCCAAGGCCUUCGUUCCAUCGUCAAAUGCCCCGUCAGCGCCGCCGGCUAUCGUGAUGGAGUCUCUAAAGGGCCUGCAGAGGGGCUACAAUGAGCCUGUGCGGAUCUCCAGCAGCCUGGGCUCGACCGCGAAGGGAAUCAUGAUCGGCAUCUUCUCAGUCCUCGGAGCCGCCGGCCUGGUCAUCCUCAUCGCCGUCAUCGUCUACUUCUUCCGAUACACCCAGCAGGGACGCAUCUUCUUAGACCGGAUAGGCAGGCCUGGAGAGUAUGACGACGAGCAGGCCUUUGCAAAGGAGGAGGCCGAGGCGUUGGAGGAGAUGGACGACAUUCAAAGGACGGAAUAUUUACGGGCAAAGGCCUUUGUGCAAGCAAACCCGCCCGAAUCAGUACAAACCGACAUUUCCUUAUCACAAUUCUUGGCAAUACAAGAGAAGGGCGUGUCGGCAUGGGAGUUCGAGCCGGAAUUAGAAAUCGCAAACUGCUUUGUCGAAGGUAGGACAGAGAUAGAGUUCUUCGACUCGGAGUGCAGCGUUCAAAGUAACUUGCCCGUACCAAAACAGAACGAGGUAUACUAUUGGGAGGCCAAGAUUUACGAUAAACCCGAGACUUCCACCAUUUCCAUCGGCAUGACUACAAAGCCUUAUCCGCUUUUUAGGUUACCAGGGUACCACAGAUUCUCCGUAGCAUACACAUCACAUGGCUCACGACGGUACAAUCAGCCCUUUACUCCUACUCCAUACGGCCCCGCGUACGUACAAGGCGACGUAAUCGGAGUCGGAUAUCGCCCUCGCACGGGAACCAUCUUCUUCACACGGAACGGCAAGAAAUUAGACGACGUGGCACACGGCAUGAAAUCCCAGAACUUCUUCCCCUCCGUCGGCGCCAACGGGCCAUGCCAGGUCCACGUCAACUUCGGCCAGCUUGGAUUUGUCUUCAUUGAAGCAAACGUUAAGAAAUGGGGGCUGGCACCAAUGACGGGCAGCCUUGCACCCCCGCCUCCCUACGGCAGUGAACAGGGCAGCAUACUAUUAGAAGGGGGGAGGGAAGGCGUCAGAGAAGGCAUGGGCGGCUAUAUUUCAGCGGGCUUCCACGGCCACGGGAGAACCAGCAGCCAGCAGAUGCGGUUAGGAAGACAUCAGCCCACCUCUCCCGGCCCGCAACGAAGCCCAACUGACAUAUCUCUUGCUGCUCUCAGUCUCGUAGACUCCAACGAAGACAUCGGCGAGGGCACCAGCGGCGCCGCCAACAACACCACCAACAUCCAACAACAACAGCAAUCCCGCGGCCUCGGCUUCGAGCACACCGACGCACCGCCCGAGUACGAAAGCCCGGAGGGCUCUCCGCAGCAGCGCCACCGCCGAAUGAGCGACGACGACGAGCACGGCGACUGGCACGAGAACGCACCGCUGUUGCUGCACCCGCCAGAGCCGCCGAUUCCAAGCUACGACGCCGCGGUUGCGGACCGGCCCGGGAUGAAUCGCGAUCGCAGCGGCACGCGCACGUCCCGCGAUUCAAGACGCUCGUCGAGACGCUGA